UUUGCCUUUUUAUUUUCUUUCACGUGUUAUUUUAAGAGUGAUAUUUCACAUGUUAUUCUACAUGAAGACAUGGGAUUUCCUCAACCUAUUCUAAAUGUCUUGAAGGCCAAAGGAAUUUCGCAGCCUACUCCUAUUCAAACACAAUGCCUUCCUGUGAUCUUAUCAGGAAGUGAUAUGAUCGGUGUUUCCUCUACUGGUUCAGGUAAAACUCUUGCUUUUGUGUUUCCUUUGAUUAUGAUUGCUUUGCAAGAAGAGAUUAUGAUGCCAAUUCUGUCCGGAGAAGGACCUUUUGGCUUGAUAAUCUCUCCUUCCAGGGAACUGGCGGUGCACACUCAUCAACUCAUUGCACAAUUUUUAGCUAGUAUGGGAGAUGAUUUUCCUUAUCCAGAGUUGAGAUCGAUGCUUUGCAUCGGUGGAGUAAAUAUGAAAGCUCAAUUAGAGAUUAUGAAAAUGGGUGUGCAUAUCGUAGUUGCAACCCCUGGAAGGUUGAAGGACAUCUUGGGGAAGAGGAAAAUGAAUUUAGAUCAAUGUAGGUAUCUGACCUUAGAUGAGGGAGAUAGAUUAUUAGGUUUAGGGUUUGGAGAUGAUAUAAGGAAAAUAAUUAGCUAUUUCAAGGGUCAAAGACAAACUCUUGUGUUUUAUGCUACUAUGCCUGCAGAAAUUCAAAACUUUGCUAUGACUGGUUUAGUCAAGCCUGUCCUAGUUAAUGUAGGAAUUAGAGCAGGAUCUGCAAAUUUAAAUGUUUUGAGAGUCAAGUCCGUGGAGGAGAAUAAAAAGAACGAGUAUCUUUUUAGUUACUUGCAGAAAACACCAUCGGCCGUCUUAAUAUUUUGUAGAAACAAAACUUCUGUGGAUGACAUUCAUUUGCAACUUCUCCAAAAGGGAAUUGAUGCUGCUGCUAUUCACGGAUACAUGGACCAGGAGGAGCGAGAGUAUGCAAUUUUGUCUUUCGGAGCUGGCAAGAAAGAAGUAUUAGUAGCCACUGAUGUUGCUUCAAAAGGAUUAGAUUUUCCUGAUAUAUAACAUGUAAUCAACUAUCACAUGCCGCCACAAAUUGAAGACUAUGUUCAUAGGAUUGGUCGAACGGGGAGAAGCGGCAAGAGAGGUACAGCAACCACUUCCAUAAACAAAAGCGACAGAAUUAGCAAGAGUGAGAUAGCAACACUUGUUGAUUUCACCUCCUGGAAGAAGCAAAGCAGAGAAUUCCAUCCUUUUUGACUAAAUUAAAUAAUCCGAAGGGAAGUUCAAAUGCAGACGAUGAGUUCAAGGGAUGUACUUAUUGUGGUGGGCCUGGACAUUGCGUCAGCAACUUCUCCAAGUUGGAUUAUCAGAAAACUCAGCAAUUUGCAGACUACAUCAGGACUUAUUACACCUGUAGCCAAUAUUAUAAGGAAGAAAUCUGAAUUACUAUGUAAUCUGUUCUGUUUUGCUUUACAUUCUUAAAUUUCUGUUAUUGUUGAAAUGCAGAUUUUUCUGCAUUAUGCAUAUAUACCAGUUCCACCUUUCAUUAGUGUUUUUUAAA